UCCUGCAGCCCGCGGGAUUUUUUUUUUUUAUUUUAGCUCUCUGGGCGUUCCGGUCGCUGCUGCAUCUGCAUCUCUCGUUUCCUGCAUCUCUCGUCUCUGCUUAUCGUCUUUCGUUCGUCGGAUCGUCAGAGUUCUCGAGGACCGUGUCGUCUCUCGUUAUCAGUCUCCUCCUCCCGACUGGAUUAAGAAUCAGGAAUCAAUCACUUCGGGGUCAGAAAAGCGAAACAAGAGAAGAAUCUGCUCGGUUCAGAGAUUUCUUACCCCUCGUCCUUCCUCGUCCAUGCUGGCGCCAUAGAGAUCACUUGUGUUUUGUUGUUUACUGCACAAUAAUGCUGUGGCGGUCGUCCACGCCGCUGUUGGCUCUCCUGGGCCUGGCCGGCCUGGUCGCCUCAUGGCCCUACGACGCUGCCCUGGUCGAUUAUAAUAUCAACACCAAUAAAACCGCCACAGACCCGGUCUAUUACAAUGGUACCUGGGAGAACCAUACCUGGCAUCCUUCCCCCGACAACUGGCGCUUCCCCGUCUACACCCUCAUGCUUGACCGUUUCGUCAACGGUGACCCGACCAACGAUAACAUCAACGAGACCGUCUGGGAGCAUGAUCUGCUCUCCAACCAGAUGCGUCAUGGUGGUGAUGUUGCUGGCCUGCUUACCACUCUUGACUAUCUCCAGGGCAUGGGCAUCAAGUGCAUCUAUCUGGCCGGAACCGCCCUGAUGAACCAGCCUUGGGGUGCUGAUGGCUACUCGGCCUUGGAUACCACUUUGCUGGACAAGCACUAUGCCACCAUCGCCGAAUGGCGAAGCGCCAUCACCGAGAUUCACAAUCGUGGCAUGUAUGUCAUCAUGGACAACACCAUCGGAACACUCGGCGACCUGAUUGGCUUCAUCGGCUAUCUGAACGUCACGGCCCCGUUCAACGAGUUGGAAUAUCACGUAGAGUGGAAAACGGAUCGCGAGUACGUCGAUUUCCAUCCCGGCAACACGUACAACGAUACCUGCGACUACCCGCGCUUCUGGAACGAGACCGGGUACCCGGUCGCCUCGUCCAUCACCGCCGGCCUGGUCGGCUGCUACGACAGCGACUUUGACCAGUACGGUGACAUCGAGGCCUUUGGCGUCUAUCCCGACUGGAAACGUGAGUUGGCCAAGUUCGCCUCCGUCCAGGACCGUCUGCGGGAAUGGCACCCCAGCGUGCGGGCCAAGAUCAUCCGCCACUCCUGCAUGAUCAUCCAGUCGCUCGACAUUGACGGUUUCCGCUACGACAAGGCCACCCAGGCCACCGUCGAUGCCCUCGGCGACAUCUCGGGCGCCUACCGUGACUGCGCCCGGGCCCUGGGCAAGGAAAACUUCUACCUCGCCGGUGAGAUCACGGGCGGGAACACCUUUGGCUCCGUCUUCCUCGGCCGCGGCCGCCAGCCCAACCAGUGGCCCGACAGCAUCGAGCAGGCCCUGCAGCUCACCAACGAAUCCGCCCAGCAGUACUUUUUGCGCGAGAACAACCACCAGGCCAUCGACGGCGCCGCCUUCCACUACUCCAUCUACCGCUCGCUCACCCGUUUUCUCGGCAUGGACGGCAACCUCGCCGCCGGCUACGACACCCCGGUCGCCUGGGUGCCCGCCUGGGAGGAGAUGCUCUACUCCAACGACCUCAUCAACGCCAACACCGGCGUCUUCGAUCCUCGUCACAUGUAUGGCGCCACCAACCAGGACGUCUUCCGCUGGCCCGCCAUCGAGUGGGGGGUGGAGCGCCAGCUGCUCGCCCUCUUCGUCACCACCCUGCACCUGCCGGGCAUCCCGCUCCUCCUCUGGGGCGAGGAGCAGGCCUUCUACAUCCUCGACGCCACCGCCGACAACUACAUCUACGGCCGUAUGCCCAUGUCCCCGCAGACCGCCUGGCACAUGCACGGCUGUUUCUCCCUCGACUCCUCGCAGUACUACAACUGGCCCGUCGACGCCGCCCGCCACGGCUGUGAGGAUGACACCGUCACCUACGAUCACCGGGACCCCUCCCAUCCCGUCCGGAACAUCAUCCGCCACAUGUACCAGAUGCGCGAGAAUUACCCCGCCAUCAAUGACGGCUGGUGGAUCCAGCACCUCUCCAGCCAGACCACCGAGGUCUACUACCCGGGCUCCAACGGCACCGCCACCCAGACCGGCAUGUGGUCCAUUCUGCGCGGCCGCUACGAGUCCCUCCAGGAUCUGGGGUCCGCCGCGGACAACCAGUCCGUCUGGCUGGUCUACCAGAACGUCAACCGCACCGUCAACUACACCUUUGACUGCAGUGACGAGGAUAGCGCCCUGAUCGCCCCCUUUGACACCGGCACCACCGUCAAGAACCUGUUCUACCCGUUCGAUGAGCACACCCUCAAGUCCAGCACCGUCAAGCUGGGCUUCGAGGGCUCGACCAAGUACAACGGCUGUCUCUCCAACAUGACCAUGACCCGCUACGAGUACCGGGCCUACGUGCCCAAGUCCCGCUGGAUCGGGCCCCUGCCCGCCAUCACGGGCUUCUCGCCCGGUCACGAUCAUCCCGUGCUCUCCUCGGUGGCCCCGGACGAGGACGAGACCAUCCCGAUCAAACUCUACUUCUCCGCCGAGAUGAACUGCUCCUCCAUCACCGACGCCAUCUCGCUCAACUCGUCCACCGAGUCCGGCAACGUCGCCGUCCUCGACACCAGCUCCGUGGUCUGUGGCAAUUACUCCGAGACCAACGGCACCUACUCCGGCGAGCUGCCGCGCGUGUUUGUCUGGUCCGCCAACCUCACGGGCGUCUACAACGGUGUUCACCGCGUCACGGUCGACAACCCCACGGGCACCGCGGGCAACACCACCAGCGCCAUCGACCACUUCCUCAUCCGCGUCGGCCAGAUUGACAACCCGAUGAUCUUCUACACGGCCAACUACUCCGAGAGCCUGCUGCACGGAUACUCCAACGGCAGCCUCUUCGUCCAGCACCACGCCGCGGGCGCCGAUAAGUGGCGCUACUCGACCAACUGGGGGUCCACCUUCUCCAGUUGGAUGGACUACUCCGGCGGCAACGACACCAUCGAGGAACUCGCCUGGAGCGGCACCAAGAAACAGGAGUGGUCUGGCAAACACGUCCGCGUCGAAUACUGGAGUCGCUGGACGGGCAGCAGCGACUACAAGCAGGAGGGCGACUACGAUUGGAAACCCAACGUGCCCCGCCGCUUCCCGCAUCUCUUCUUCGACGGUCCCUACAACGAGUACGGCUACGACGCCGGGCUGCACAACGUCAUGCAUUUCGACACCGACGACCAGACCUGGAAGUUCCGCUUCAUGGCCGAGUGGCCCGCCGUGGGCCAGAUCAACGUCUGGGGCAUGGACCCGGACGGGUCCCCCGACGAGCAAGGCGUGUACGGUGACGCGGACAACGAUUCGGUGCUGGACCGGCUCCCGCCCUCAUCGCUGUCCUCGGUCAUCAUCAACAUCACCGCCCAUCCGCCCAAACCUUACCUGGCCUGGCGCAUCCACGUUGACGACGCCACCAUGCGCUUCGAGCUGCUGCCCACGGGUUCCGACACCCUGCAGAUGGCGCUCUUCUUCCUGCUCUGGCUGGUCCCCGUCAUCACCGCCGCCGCUGUCGUCUACGGCUUCAUGAAAUCCUUCUACCAGGUGAAAUUCAACCAGGUGGGCGUCAGCGAGAAGAAAUCCUUCAUCCCGCUCGCCCUGCGGCGCGGUUUCCACCGCUCCCGCCACCCGGAGGAGGGCGGCGAAGCCAUGAACCCGCUGAUGCGCCUCGCCAACAAGUCGGGCUUCCUGCAGGACAGCUCGGCCUUUGCCGCCGCCGCCGCCGCCAAGUCCACCGAUCGCCGUCGUAUGGUCCUCAUCGCCACCAUGGAGUACGACAUUGAGGAUUGGGGCAUCAAGAUCAAGAUCGGUGGUCUGGGUGUCAUGGCUCAGUUGAUGGGCAAGCACCUCGGUCACCAGGAUCUCAUCUGGGUGGUCCCCUGUGUCGGUGGGAUCGACUACCCGGAGGACCAGCCCGCCGAAUCCAUGUUCGUCACCGUGCUCGGCAACUCGUACGAGGUCAAGGUCCAGUACCACGUGCUCAAGAACAUCACCUACGUCCUGCUCGAUGCCCCGGUCUUCCGCCAACAGUCCAAGGCGGAGCCCUACCCGGCCCGCAUGGACGAUCUGGACAGCGCCAUCUACUAUUCCGCCUGGAACCAGUGUAUCGCCUGCGCCAUCCAGCGGUUCCCCAUCGACCUCUAUCACAUCAACGAUUACCACGGGUCCCUGGCGCCCCUCUACCUGCUGCCCCAGACGGUCCCGUGCUGUCUGUCGCUCCACAACGCCGAGUUCCAGGGUCUGUGGCCCAUCCGCACGCAAAAGGAAAAGGAGGAGGUCUGCUCCGUCUUCAACCUCGACCCGGAGACGGCGGCCAAAUACGUCCAGUUCGGCGAGGUGUUCAACCUGCUGCACGGUGGCGCCAGCUACCUCCGUGUCCACCAGCAAGGGUUCGGUGCCGUCGGUGUGUCCAAGAAGUACGGUAAGCGGUCCUAUGCCCGUUACCCGAUCUUCUGGGGCUUGAAGAAAGUCGGCAACCUGCCCAACCCGGAUCCCUCGGACACGGGCGAAUGGCACCGUAACCAGGCCCCCGAGGGCGAGAUCACCGUCGACUCCAGCUACGAGGCCACGCGUGGGGAUCUGCGCCGGCAGGCCCAGGAAUGGGCGGGACUCGAACAGAACCCGGACGCCGACCUGCUCGUCUUCGUGGGUCGCUGGUCCAUGCAGAAGGGUGUGGAUCUCAUCGCCGAUGUCAUGCCCGCCGUGCUGGAGGCCCGCCCCAACGUCCAGCUGAUCUGUAUCGGACCCGUCAUCGACCUGUACGGCAAGUUCGCCGCCCUCAAACUCGACCGCAUGAUGAAGCUCUACCCGGGCCGGGUCUUCUCCAAGCCCGAGUUCACCGCGCUUCCCCCCUACAUCUUCUCGGGCGCCGAGUUCGCCCUCAUCCCCUCGCGUGAUGAGCCCUUUGGUCUCGUCGCCGUCGAGUUCGGCCGCAAGGGUGCCCUGGGAAUCGGUGCCCGGGUCGGUGGUCUGGGCCAGAUGCCCGGCUGGUGGUACAAUGUCGAGUCGACCACGACCGCCCACUUGCUGCACCAGUUCAAGAUCGCCAUCGAGAACGCGCUCAACUCCAAGACGGCGGUGCGGGCCCAGAUGCGCGCGCGCUCCGCCAAGCAGCGCUUCCCCGUCGCCCAGUGGGUGGAAGACCUCGAGAUCCUGCAGUCCACCUCCAUCCGCAUCCACAGCAAGGAGCACACCAAGUCGCACGGCCAACCCUACACCCCGACGGGCUACGGCACCCCGAACAGCGGCAUCAUGACCCCUCCCGCGGGCAUGCAGACCCCUCCCGCCAUGCUGCUCCCGCACGCCCGCGACAGCAGUUACUCCUCCUCCAGUGUGCGCCUCAGCCACCUGGGUCCCCAGCAGCGCAACACCAUCAUCUACAGUCGCGACCCGAGCCCCGGGGGCGAGGAGAAACCCAAAUCCGGCCUCAGCCGUCAGCUCUCCCUCGGCUUCCGCUCUGGUCCCGGUCACCUGAACCAACGUCGGGGUCGUCGACGUCUCCGCAAGAGCAACAUCCCCGAGGCCGACGAGCAGAGUCGCGCGGGCACGGAUGUCGAGGACGAGAGCGACGACGAUGUCAUCCCCAGCUACUACGGUGAAGAUGAAUACACCGUUACCCCGGAGCAGAUCGAGGCCAGCCGACACAUGCCUGGGGCUACUACUACCCAUCUUCAUGCUCAACAGCCAAUCAACAACAACAACAACAACAAUAAUAAUAAUCCCCCCCCGUACCUCUCCGCGCGGCAUUCCAGCCACGGCAGCCUUGUCAACCGCAGUUCCCUCUCGCCCGGAACCCCGGGCACGCCGGCCGUGGAUGAUGGCCUGCUGUCACCCGUGCGCCCGCCCUUUGCGCACAUGGAACCCGGGAACCGGCUGAGCAGCGCGUCGGUGCUGUCGGUCGAUUCGAUCAUUGGCGACAAGAAGGACUUCAAGUUACAAAAGGUAGACCCCUUCUUCACCGAUAGCACGGGCGAGUACUACCGGACCUUUGAGAAGAGGCUCGAGGAGCUCAACGGUGGCAACUCGGAGUCGCAGCUGUGUAUCGAGGAGUUUUUGGUCAAGAGUGAGAAGAAGUGGUUCGACAAGUUCCGCGACGCACGCCUGGGUCGCAACCAGUCGCCCGCCCCCUCGAUCUACCGCGGCGGCGGCGGCGGCGGUGGCAAACGGGGCGCCUCGCCCGUGGGCUCCUUCUCGGCGGCCGAAGACUCGGCUUCGCGCGAGAGCGGCAGCGACGCCGUCAAGGAGGAACAUGAGGCCGCGGAUGAGUUCCUGCUGGGUCGCGACUACGUGCCGCCCACGGGUCUGCGCAAGUACAUGCAGAUGCGCAUCGGUGACUGGCCUGUCUACUCGUUCUUCCUGGGCCUGGGGCAGAUCAUCGCCGCCAACUCGUACCAGAUCACCCUGCUGACGGGUCAGGUGGGUGAGACCGCCCUCAAGCUGUACGGCAUCGCGCUGGUGUACCUGGUCUCCUCCAUCCUCUGGUGGUUCGCCUUCCGCACGUACAAGUCCGUCCACGUCCUGUCCGCCCCCUGGCUACUGUAUGGAAUUGCGUUCCUGCUCCUGGGUUUCGCGCCCUACAUCUCCAGCUCCUUCAACCGUGGCUGGCUCCAAAACGUUGCCAGCGGGGUCUACGCGGUGGCCUCGUCUAGCGGGUCCAUCUUCUUCUCGCUGAACUUUGGCGACGAGGGUGGCGCCCCCGUCCGCAAGUGGGUGUUCCGCGCGUGCAUCAUCCAGGGGACCCAGCAGGCCUACGUGAUCGCGCUGUGGUACUGGGGUGACGUGAUGAGCGCGGCCUCGGCGGCGGGCGACUCCGUGAGCAGCAUCGCAGGCAGCUGGAAGAUGACGGCCAUCUGUGUGCCCGUCGCGGUCUUCCUGUGGGCGGUCGGCGUGCUGCUCUUCCUGGGUCUGCCCAAUUACUACCGGCAGACCCCCGGCAAGGUGCCCUCCUUCUACAUCUCGCUCUUCCGGCGCAAGAUCGUCCUGUGGUGCUUUGCCGUCGUGCUCAUCCAGAACUUCUUCCUCAGCGCCCCCUACGGCCGCAACUGGGCCUUCUUGUGGAACUCGCAGCACGCCGAGGCCUGGCAGGUCUUCCUGCUCGUCAUCUUCUUCUUCGGCUUCGUCUGGGUUGCCCUGCUCUUCCUGCUCGCCUACCUGUCCCGCUCCCACAGCUGGAUCCUCCCCGUCGUCGCCUGCGGCCUCGGCGCCCCGCGCUGGGCCCAGAUCUGGUGGGGAAUCUCCGGCUCUGCCCUCUUCCUUCCCUGGGCGGGCAGCUACGUGGCCGGCGCCCUCGUCGCCCGCAGUCUCUGGCUGUGGCUCGGCGUGCUCGACGCCAUCCAGGGCGUCGGGUUCGGCAUGAUCCUCCUCCAGACCCUGACUCGCAUGCACAUCUGCUGCACGCUUCUUGCCGCCCAGGUCCUCGGCUCUAUCGCCACCAUCGUCGCGCGCGCCUGCGCCCCGAACAAGCUGGGGCCGGGGCCUAUCUCGCCGGACAUCUCUGCCGGACCUUCUGCCGUUGCCAACGCCUGGUUCUGGAUAGCACUCUUCUUCCAGCUUCUCAUUUGUGGAGGAUAUCUUGCCUUCUUCCGCAAGGAACAACUCUCCAAGCCAUAGUUCAUUAUAUAUAUCAUGCUCACGAAAUAUCGCUCCUUCCACCCGCAACGCGGUGGGCUAUUUUACUUGAUACCCUCAUUGUCCCUGCAGCAUAAUACUACUCCUACUACUACUAC